AUGUUACAAGAGGAUGAUGUUCAAUGUUAUGUGUCGGGGCAAGAUAUAAAAUGGACAUUUAUUGUCGAAUUAGCACCAUGGAUGGGUGGUUUUUAUGAAAGAUUAGUCGGAAUUGUCAAGCAAGCGUUACGAAAAUCUCUCGGCAGAAAACUAUUGAUAAUGGAUCAAAUGAACACUGUGAUAAAGGAAGUGGAGUCUGUAAUUAACAGGAGACCAUUGGUACAUGCUGGCGAAGAUAUUAAGUCUACAAUUGCUCUGACACCGUGCCACUUUUUGAGUUUAAAUCCAAAAACUGGAAUCCCGGAGCUCGACUAUGAUACAAAGGAUCCCGUAUUUAAACCAUAUGAAAGCACUGCUGAAAAAUUAUUGCAAAUUUGGAAAAAAGGGGAACAACUUUUGAAUAGAUUUUGGGUAUUAUGGCGAGAUGAGUAUUUGCUUAGUUUACGAGAACGAUCACAAAACAAAAUCAAAUCGUCAAGAAUCCAGUCUCAUGAAACACCAAGUGUAGGAGAUGUAGUUAUAGUAAAGGAUAACUUACCUCGUGGUCAGUGGAAACUUGGGAAAGUGAUAAAGCUCCAUACAAGCCGAGACGGUCAAAUUAGAUCUGCUCAGUUAAAGGUAUCGAACAGACAAAUUCUGAGAAGACCGCUUAAUUUGCUCUAUCCGAUAGAGAUAUCAGGCAGUGACACAAUGUUACAAAAUAGUGUAAAUCAUGAUAAAAUUGUUACAAAUGAUGCUAAAGAAGAAAAGCCUAAACGAAGAGCUGCAGAAAAAGCGAAAGAACUUUUAAGAAGAAUUUAA